AUGGAGACAUUGCUCACGGCAGCGACCGCCGCGCUGGCUGCUGCUGCGACAUCCACAAGCACGACACCCACUGUUGGUGCGCACAAUGGCAUUGCGCCGGCGGCGGCCAUGCCCACGCCCUUCGACUUUCCAUGCGGCAUCAACUUUCUCAGCAACGAGUUUCACAAGAACAAACACCUGCGCGAUGUAUGCGGCCCGCCCAACUUUGAGAACUACUGGUGGUCUACCAUCGGCUAUUACUCGCCAGCCGUCUGCCCGCGAGGCUACACGGCCGGCUGCUUCCGCUGGAACUCGGACCAAGGCCCUCCUGUCGAGCCGACUGAGACUGCUGUUCAAUGCGUUCCCAGAGGCUACAAGUGCAAAAACAAUGACAUAUCCGCCGCCUUCUCAGGCACCGCGACUGCGCCCAUGAUCCAGAUCCGCUGGGCGUCGACAGAUCUGUCCAGCUUGGCGACACACCCGCUGUAUCCCGGCGCCAACCCAACUAACACGGAGGAGGACUACCUGAUGAAGCAUACACGAAAAGCCAACCUCGAGGGCCGCGCCGCGUCAUCUGGCUACUACCCGAAUGACAGCGGUGGCGGCAGUCCCCCAAGAAGUUCGACCUCAAGGGCAGGCUCUGGCUCCAGUACCGGGUCCGACUCCGGCUCUUCAAGCAGCAAUCGCCCUGAUGGAAACUCGUCGGGCGGCGCCGAUGGCGGUCUUUCCACGGGUGCCAAGGUUGGUAUUGGUCUCGGUGUGUCCCUCGGUGCGAUUUUCGGAUUCACGGUUCUCGGACUCAUCAUCUGGCGCGUGCGGACGGCGACCAAGCGAUCGAAGCAGUUCCAGGCGCCGCAGCAGCCAUACAUGGUGCCAUCGCAGUAUGCGGGUCAGCCGGGCCAAGGACCAUCGUCGGAGCAGUACAAUGGGGGGCAGCAACCGUCGCAUCCACAGCCGGUGUACCAGCAGCAGAGCAUGUAUCCGCAGCAUCAGCAGUACCCCAGCAUGUCUGAAAUGGAUAACAAUACCUCGGCCGCGACUAGCCACUGGGCGGCGAAUAGUGUCAUGCCUCCGCCAGCAGCAGCCGUGGCUGCGGAUCGUAGUAUCGGUGCUGUCACGACGGCUGGCGGUUCCAGUAUCGGCAGCCCACAGUCGCCUCCGUCAGAGCUGGCGGGCGUGCACACGCCGAAUCCCCCGGUCGAGAUGGGCAGCGGCAGCCCUGCCGUGCACCAUGCACAACCCGUGGCUGUGGCCGAGCAGCAACGACCGGCGGCGACGGAUCCGCAGUCGUUUGUGGGCGCACCACCCGAGGAGCCCAGCGCCGAGGAGCUGUCGAGUCUUCGCGAACAGCACUCGCAGCUGGAGCAGCGUCGUCAGCGCAUCUUGGAGCUGGAGCGUAUCGAGCAGGAGCAAGAGGCGCUUCGGGGCAGGAUGAGCCAGAUGCAGGGCGGGCAGAGUUAG